AUGGCGAAGUGCGGGUGGAUGUACUUAGAGCGAUGCUGCCGGUUGGAAGCUGCUGUAGUCUGUGAAGCGUUGCAUGAGGUUGUUGAGGUGAUCCCCUGGAUGCUGGAUGCUGAUGUUAUAUUGAACGGCGUUGGAGCAUCUGUCGUUGAGCUAGACUUAGAUGUAGCCGUGGACGAUCGGUGCGCCGCAGCCACAAUUUGCUUUGGGACGUUGAUGAGGUUGGUGUACUUUCGGCGCAUGGGCAUCACAGCGCGAAAAAACAAAUGCACACAUGUGCGUGCUGUGCACAAGGCCAUGGUUCCCAGCCCGAUGGUGAUGCUAGAGCUCCUGGCUGCCCUUGCGCCGAGCCGGAAGGCUCUGCUGGCUCGAGCGUUGCGGCGAUGUGCCAAUGCUUGGGGUGAAGGGGCCGAGUCCCUCACGGAAGCAGCUCGGCGCUUUGAGGAGGUUGUGGCGACUGUAAGGCAGCCCCGCCCCGCUGAAACGGAGGAGGCCGUGCCAGCAGCUGCGUCGUUGGUGCAAGGCGAUGCAGCUGUCGCGGAGGCUUCUCUUUGUCCUCGCGACCCGCGAGAGGCGCGGGCGAAGGUCCCACCUUUGCGCCUCUCUUCGCUGGCUCCGUGCGAGGACCAGGGAAGUCUCAUGAACACGGACUCCGUGUGCUCCAGCUGCCGCCGGGCCACCAGCGACAGUGACGGCGCUGAGGGCCGACCGCAGCUGUCCACAGGCAACAGCGUCGCCAACCCCAAGAACUUGGGGGUGGAGCCUGACCCCCCCACAGAGGCUCCGCCAAGCCUCGGCGACCUUGUGGCGGCCCUCCAGCGCGACGUCAGCUUCGACGAUGCAGACAGCUUCACGGCUCUGCCGCGCCAUCCAGUGGAGCCCCCACCGUCCCCCGGAUCCCUUGAGGUUCCGAUCAAGGCGCAGAUUCGCUUUGGGUCCAGCGACAGGUCGCUGAAUGACAGGGCCCGUGAGGCCGAUACUGCCGAGGAUGCCGAGAGCUUCAUCAGCGACAUGGUCUCCGUGUCCUCGCUUGAGAUGCAGGGCAGCCCACUGUCAAAACGGCCAGCGUGA